AUGGCCGACGCCGACGCCCGCGCCCGCUCCCGCAGCAUCACCAGCUCCAACAACGCCUCGACCCACGGCACCGACCGCCUCGAGCCGCGCCUGCUGAAGGCCUGCGCAUCGGAUGCCACCUCGGACCUGCACGAUGUCAUCGCGAUUGCGCGCGAGACGGGCCAGCUGACGGAUGGGUUUCUGCGCGUUGGGCUAAUGCGCGCGUGCGAGAGGGGCGGGAUUAGUGCUGUGCGGUAUUUGCUGGAGAUGGGCGCUUUGCCUGAUCACAGUGCGCUAGGGACCGGGACGAAAGAUAGCGGAGGAGGGAGAGUUACGCCUUCGCCGCUCCUCAAGGCCGUGGAGCGGAACCAUGUCCGCGUUGUGCAGAUUCUACUUGAGCACGGCGCUGCGGCUGAGACGCGCGAUCGGAAGGGCCGCACGGCGCUGAUGACGGCUGCGUGGCGGAACCAUUUCCAUGUUCUCCAGGUCCUCAUUGACCGCGGGGCGAACGUUAAUGCGACGGAUAACCGGGGCCGCAAUGUAUUGCAUAACCUGGCGGCUGAUAAGACGUGCGAUUGGGGCGAGGAUGUGGUGACGUUGCUACUGAGUACAGUUUGCGCUGUUGAUGCGGGGGAUGAGCUGGGGAGGACGCCGCUGCAUUGGGCUUGUGCGACGGGGAAGGAGCGGUUUGCGGAGAUGAUGCUUAUCCGGCCGUUGCUUGUUAGUACGAGAGGGAGAGGAGCUGGGCUUGGGGGCCCGGCUAUGGCGGGGGCUGAUGUGAAUGCUGUAGAAGGACGGAACAAGACAGCGCUGCAUUUGGCUGUUGCGCAUGGGAAUGAGAGCAUUGUAUCGUUGUUGCUGAGGCAUGGCGCUGACGUGAAUGCGCGGAGUGAUGGCGGUUGGACGCCACUGCAUAAUGCCUGUGAUAGGGGGAGUGAGAGUAUUGCGAGGCGGUUGAUAGCGGCAGGGGCGAAGAUCAACGCACAGCUGCUGAAUGGGAUUUCGCCACUGCAUUUGGCCGCGCAGGGAGGGCAUCGCGAGGUCGUUGAGUGUUUGCUUGAGCGGAAUGACAUGAAGCAGCGGCUGAGGGAUAACUUCGGGAGCACGCCGUUCUUACGCGCGGCGCAGUUCAAGCGGAAGGAUAUUGUUGCGCUAUUGGCACCAUAUAACAAUGUCGAGGCGCUGAGCGAGGAUGCGCGUGGGGCAUGCGAGGGAUUCGAAGCGACCGUGGUUGAUUUCGGAAACUUCCACAAUGAGAACCGGGUAAAGCGGACGUCGGUGUUCAAUCUGCUGUAUGGACGUGAUACGGAGAACUACCGGAAGCAAGCAUUCAAUGCGCUGCCGAUGCAUAGCAAGGCGACCGAGUUCCGGUGGAUCCAUCUCCCGGCAAACAAUAUGGCCUGGGUGGAAGCGUUACUGACGAAGGCGUUUAUUGAGGAAGGGGCGCACGAUGUUGACAGUUUCAAGGGCCUGGAGAGGUCGUUCAAUUAUCAGCAUCGCGGGCAGAAGAUGCAUUCCAAUUUCAUGAGACCGUUGUGUCAGAGUACACAUCGGGCGCCGAAGUACCAUGAUAGUGUUGAUAACAAGGAGGAGAAGGUCGAGGAGGUUCAAUCACCGAGGAUAUUGAUCAAUGGUAUGUCGAGAGAUCUGCCAUCGCCGCCGGUGCCUCCGCCAUCUCCAAAACCUGACGGGAAGAAGAAGCAGAGGCCAAGCGGAAAGAUGGAGCGGUUGGAUUCGCAAGAUGACAACCAGAGCACAUCAGGAAAGAAAAGCAAGAAAGGGUCAGCAGGAACACCUAAAGGCCUUAAAUCGCCUCCUAUUCGACGAGACAAGUCUCCGCAUCCAACGCUGUGUAAGGAUAAGAACGAUGAACCGGAGAGGAACAUCUGCUACUUCAUGCCAUACCUGCAUUUCGAGACGGUAGAGGGACGAAAUAGGAUGCAGGAGGCGAUUCACAAGACUCAACAGGCUCAGACCCCUCGGCCGGGUCUUGACCGCGCUCCUACGCGCGAUGAGUUGCUCCUGCGUGCUCAUCUCACUUCUUCGUCAACGUCCUUGCAUAUCCGUCGCACACUGGACCAGUUCUUCUAUCCGAACAUCGAUACGCAGACACGAGACCAGGAUCAGGUUGUGUACCGGUACCAGAAAAAGAGAUCCCGUGUCCCGGAGCCAAAGAUCUUCAUGGUCGACCAGCUGUGGAUGUGGAUUCUUGGGCCUAGCUUGAUCGUGACCAGCUUUCCGCAGCGCUGGGACCAGCCAAAGAACGACCCAUUGAAUGUGCUGGACGGGAUUAUUGAGGAUAUAAACUCGAAAACACGCGACCCCGUGCGCUCUGUUUAUGAUCUCGCCAUCACCAUCACCAAUCGCUGCUCAGGAGUCUUCGAUCGGCACCGCAUGGGCGAUGACGAGUACCAAUUCUUGGACAUGUUUGAGUCGUCCAUCGGCAUCGCAACAGACCGCGAGAGCCACCUAUUCAAUCGAUUCAACCGGGCAUCAGCGCAGGCAUCAGACUGGCUCAAGAACCACCGGAAGCAUAAUAAAUUCGCACGACGACAGGACAAAGUAGCCAAGAAUCUGGACAAGGAAGAGAAAAAAAAGCAAGAUGGUGACGAAGUCGACGACGAGCCGUUGUUCGUCGACGAACUGCUUGAUAUCGGGCAGGAAACGGACCUGCUCGCCGAAGCCAAGGAUAUCCGCGACGAGCUCAACAUGAUCCGCAUGGUCCUGCACUACCAGAAAAACGUCCUCGAUGACUUUGAAAAGGUGGUGUCCGAGAUCUAUCUCGGCCAGAAUCAGAAUCAGAGAGAUAUGAAGAAGCGGUUUGGGGAGCAGCAGCGUACCAUCGAUAUACAUUUAAAGGACAUUGACCGUAUGGACAAGCAGGCCGAACGGAUCUAUUCGUCCAUUACGGACCUUCUCGACCUGAAGCAGAAACAUGCCAACGCGUUUGAGGCGCGGUUUGCUCGCGAUCAAGCGGCUGGGACAGCUCGCCAGGGAAAAAUCCUCAUGGUCUUCACGAUCGUCACAAUUGUUUUCCUGCCGCUCUCGUUCAUUACAUCGGUCUUUACCAUCAACAUGCCAGAGUUCGAGAACAACCUGUCCAUGGGGUAUGUAGCCAAGUAUACAUUUGGCAUUGGCUUUGGGAUCUCAAUUCCAUUGGUUUUACUGGCGCUGGUGCUGGACGAUAUCGGAGAUAUCUUCCAGGAGGGACUUCGACGAGCAAGAGGGUGGAUUCGGACCAGCCGACACUCACGAAACCAAUUAAUGCUAGAUAGAAUGAGAACGCAGCGACAGAGUCGAGAGAGGACGUUGCUGCCGACGAGGGAGAGGACGAAGGAGAGAGACCGGGAAGUGUUGGAGCUGGACUUUGACAAGACUCACAAGCAGGAACAACUGUGGCAGCGCAUUCCGCAGGAAUGGCGUCUUUCUCAGGACCAAAUCCCUCCUGGGAUGCACUCUCCAGCGGAGUCUGUCACCAAUGUCCACUACGACAGGGUCAAUGUUAUGGACAUUCCUCGGUCAUGCGGUCUGCUUUCUUCGAGAGAGAUUGAGAUCACGGAGAAUCAUGAUAUUGCCGGCCUCUUAAGACAGAUUCAUACACAGCGCCUUACAACCAAAGAAGUCAUUCGGGCAUUCUGCAAAAGAGCUGCCAUUGCCCAUCAACUUACACGGUGUCUAACCGAACCUCUCUUUGAGUCUGCUCUCCAACGUGCCGAAGAACUAGACGAGCAUCUCCGCCGCACCGGCACCCCAACUGGCCCCCUCCACGGCCUCCCCAUCUCAAUAAAGGACUCAUUCAACAUCCGCGGCGUCGACUCAACCGUCGGCAUCGCAGCCCUCGCCUCAAAGCCUGCCGAGAAGGACGCACCCCUAGUCUCACUCUUGAAAUCCCUCGGCGCAAUAAUUAUCACCAAGACUAACGUCCCGCAAACAAUGGGCGCCCUCGACUCAGCAAACCACCUCUUCGGCCGCACCCUCAACCCACGCAACCGCCAGCUCACCGUCGGCGGCUCAACUGGCGGCGAGGGAGCCCUUCUCGCCCUUCGUGGUAGCAUGAUGGGCUUUGGGACGGAUAUCGGCGGUUCGAUCCGUGUCCCCGCUAUGUGCAACGCACUGUACGGGUUCAAGCCAAGCCAGGGCCGUGUCCCAUAUGGCGGGCAAACAGACGGGCAGCCCCGAGGUAAAGGGCGAAUCUCGCUCCAGCCUGUCGCAGGUCCAAUCGCGCAUUCUGUGUCUGAUAUCAAUGCCGUCAUGACGCAUCUGGUUCCUAGGGCUCAGUGGUUCGGCGAGGAUUGUGUCCCCGGCGCAUGGCCGUCACCUCUUUCCUCGUUUGGAACGAGAACGAGACCAAUUACCAUAGGCGUCCUGCCAUCCGAUGGAAUCGUCGUGCCUCAUCCACCGAUUGCAAAAGUUCUCAAUGAAGUCGCUGCCGCACUCCGCCGUACUCCCGGUAUCAACGUCAUUGAGCUGCCUGUGCCCAGAGCGUUGGCAAAUUGCCAGUCUAUAGCCGGCCGUCUCAUGGGCGUCGACGGCGGUGCCACAAUGCUCGAUCUCCUCGAAAGCACCGGCGAAACGCUCAUCCCGUGGCUGAAGGGCCGCACGAAGCGUGGGCGCCCGCUUCUCCUCUCACAACUAGCUGAGCUCCAGGCUGCACGUGGAGACCUGGAACUUGAGCUCCGCAGAGAACUGUGGAUGCAUGGUAGUACAGCGCAUGAACAGACAAUCGACGCAAUCAUCCACCCCGUUGCGCCGCAUCCGGUCCCGGAACUGGAUCGGUAUAAUGCGGUCGGGUAUACGUCUUCUUUUGUCCUGCUGGAUUAUCCCGCGGGAACUGUUCCGGUCAGGAACUUUGGGAAGGAAGAUUUGGAGAGCGGGACGGAGAUGAGCGAGCGGGUUAUUGGGAGUUGGGAUAAGGCGAAUCGGGAGCUCUGGAACGAGAAGACAGUCGAUCGAACGGUAUACCUGAACUCCCCGCUGAGCAUCCAGGUGGUUACACCCAAGCAGCACGACUACGAGCUCUACCAGGCCAUGGACCUAAUUGACCGGGCCAUCAAGACCGAUAGAUCGAAGCUGUAG